AUGAUUUUCCAACAACUACUUAGCUUUUCCCUAUUUUUGGCAUUUUUCCAAGAAAUUAUAAUUCAGGCUGACCAAUCGUGUAACUUGCCGUGUCAAAAUGUGAGAUUUUCAAAAUUUUCCCGCCCUACAGUACCCCGUUUUCGUUGCAGGACGCCUUCCCCCCUUCCCGCUGCGGAAUUUGGCUCAAAAACGAGACGCGUCUGAGCUCUCUGGGCACCUACGAGCUCUCAAAAGGCCUCACCAAACUCUAUUGCUCAUUUUCGAGUUUGCCCGGCCCCGCGCAAAUUCAAUGGAUGUUUCGGGCCAAUUCGGGCCCCACUGGAGGCCUUGGACAAUGGGAAGAGUUCCCGUGUGCCAAAAAAGAGGAGAAUAAAGUUUGUGGGUGAGUUUUUUGGGGGUUCCUCGUGGGAUUUGGAGCAUUUUGACACCAAACAUGAUAGAUUUUGGGAUUCACUCAAAAAUACACUGUGUUUGGUGUCAAAAUGCUCCAAAUUUUAUGAAAAAUCCCAAAAAUUCACAAAUUUCCCUACAGAGAUUCCGAAAUUCUCGUCGAAUCCUAUUGCGAAGUUCGCACAACUCGUCUCACAAUGAGCGGAGCCUACAAAUGCUCCGCCACAAUUCCCACGGAUCCAAAUCGACAUCGAGCCGUCAGUUCGGAAUUUCCGAUUAACGUUGUGGGAAUUCAGGCGCCUACAGUAAUCUCGUCGCAUUUGCCGUUGCACAAAAAUGGAGAGAUUGAGAUUGAGGUGAGCAAUUUUGGGCGGCCCAAAAAUUACUGUAGAUUUUUUUUCAAGCAUUUUGAUAGGAAAUAAGCCCUGGGUUACUGUAGGCCUAGGAAAUUCCGCAUUUUUUGACACCAAACAUGCAUAGGCUUGGGUUACUGUAGUUUUUUUCGGGCCAAAAACUUGGGUUACUGUAGCUCCUAUAUUUUGCGCUGAAAUUUAGUUUCAGAAUUUUUUGAAUACAGUAAUCAGACCUACAGUAAUCUGAAAAAUGUUUAUUGGUUACAGGAACCCGGAAUACUGUAGUUUUUUUUGAGAAAGCAAAAAAUCUGAUUCUACAGUAACCCUCGAAAUUCUCUGGGAUUACUGUAGUGUCUUCUGAAACACUACAGUAACCUUGUUUUUUCGCGCAAAAAUUGUUCUACAGUACCCCUAGGCAUGUUUGGUGUCAAAAAAUGCAGAAAUUUUGAGCCUACCGUAACCCUAGACAAAUUUCCGCGCCAACAAAACCCUACAGUAACCCGCUCAGAUCUGCGCCAAUCCCAAACCCGAAAUCAUCUGGCACACAUCGGAAGGUCUUCUCUACGAAAAACAAUCCACGUCACGUUUCGCCGCCACGUCACUUUCCGCUCGAAAAUCCUCAUUCGGCUCCGCCCCCUACAAUCAAUUCCCUAUUGUUAUUCGACAUCUUUGCUGAUACACCGUGUCAACGAAAACGAUGAAUUUAGGCUAACUAUCAAAGGAGAAUUGACGAGUUUGCAUGAGAAGAUUAGUGUUAGAGUUAAGGUAGGGAAUUUUUUGGAUUCCACGUGGAAUUUGACGAUUUUAGACACCAAACAUGAUAUAUUUUGGGGGAAAUUUUUUUUCCAGACAUCCUCCUCAAACUUCACAAUUCUCUCAAUUCUUCUAAUCUUCAUCUCGCUUUACUAG